GGUAACGUAUUGACGCAAAACCAAAGUGGGUAAGAAGUAUUUGGAAUGGAUCUCUGUAUUUACGUUACUGAACAACUACUAGAAUGGACACGAGCAGCACAGAUCAUGGACGUAUAUACAAUUCUGCUCGUGAUGACGGAGGACUAAGAAACCUCGAUCUAUGGGACUCCUUAGAAUCAGACACUGAGAGCUUGGUGCAGGAGAAAGUUUACCAGAGAGACCUCCAGAAGCGAAUACUGAACGAUGUUGGUGACAUCGGUUUCUCAUAUAAUGACAGGCCUCACAACAUCGGAAGAGCUGAGCAUGAAAAGUACCGUAACCCCCAACCUGAUAUCAGUGAAUCACGUGGAGACCAGAAGACCACAUUCUUAAGACAAACGCCAUCUCCGGAUGAAUAUGAUGACUUGCGUUAUGAUCCAGACUGGAGAAAGAAACUGCCAGGAUCUCAGUUUCUCGAGAAGAACUUCAAUUCCAAGGAUCCUGAAUAUUUUAUGAGACAUGCAAGAUACAAGUCGCCAACACAAAGACAUGAAUUUGCAGUAAUCCAUAGUCCUGUUUUGUCUGAAAUGAACACCCCACAUAUACCCCCCAUACCCCUGCAGUCUUCCAACUGCAUUCAUCCACAAGGAGAUCAGAAUACAGUGCCAUCAGUACCACAAAGUUUACCUGCAUCGUCAAAAAGCACACCUCGUUUAAAUUUAAAUAAAAUCAUGAAAGUUAAGCAAGGAAUUCAGCCAAGUGAUGAAGAGAAUCAAAGCAUUGUUCAAAAUUCAGAAAGACCUAAUGCAUUAGCCAUGCAGAGGAGACCCUCCCAAAAAUCCAGACCAGACAGGCCAAAAGAGGACAUAAUAGAGCGUAAUAAAGCCACUCUGGGAAUGAACUUUUAUAAACAAGGGUCAUAUUUGAAGGCAUAUAAACAAAGAGGGGAAAACCCAGACAACGCAAAUCCGUCUCUACAGUCAGUUGAGGACACUGCAAGCUCCAACAGCACAGGAAGCCCAGACAAUGCCCCCAACCUGGAGAUGAUGUGGAUACAAAAAACUCAAAAACUGAAGACCCACAACCAGAGUAAACACUUGGGCAAAGCCAGGCCGCAGCACCAAAGAGCCAAAUCCAGUGGUCCCACGAUUCAGCCAUUGAAGAAACAGCACCUGCAGACUCUGUCUGAAAAACAGACUUACAGCCCACCAGACUCCAGCAGCGUCUCACAUUGUUCUCACUCAUCGACUCCGACCAUCAACCUUAACAUAAACUUCAACACCUCAGCCAAAGUUGCUGAACCUUAUUUUAUUUCCGAGCCAUGGAAGCAGCUCUACACACUCGUACUUCCUUCUUUACCGCAGUCAGGAAUCAAGAAUGAUGAGUAUAACUCACGCUUCAAAUGGCCCAGUAAUGCUUUACGUCCUCCUCUACCUCCUGCUCCUUCAGUUGAACAUGAGAUCAAAGAAGUGAAUAAUAAGAACAGCAAUGGAAUUAAUCCAACACGACCGCCACCAUUUCAAGAAAGUAUUACCUCCAAUGAUCCUCAGUUAAUGGGGUUUUAUGAAGAGGGCAAAAAGAAUUUUGCUCAUGCACUGCAAACUUACGGUGGUGCCUAUCCAGUGCUUCCUCCAAUAGACAGGUCUAACAGCAGUAAGCUAUGUGGUGGCAAACCAGAGGAAGCUACAAACACUAUACACAAGAACAUCUCAGAGGGAUACCUUGCACAGUUUGAGAAACAAAAGGCCAAAUCAACUUAUAAGGCAUACACACUGAAGGACUACAAAAGCUUGAAUCUGGAAAUGAAGUUAGGAGGUCUCGGACAUUCCAACAAUGUUGCUAAAGAUGUGACUGAGAAAAUUAGACAACAGAAGCUGUAUUCAAAUGUAAUCCGUGAGCAGAACAAGAAGAUAAGUAGGAUUCCCUCUGUGCCGACCUGGAACGCAGUGGGCAGCAACAACAAGAACAGCAUUCCCAGGAACAAGGCUCUGGAGUACGCCAAAACCAUCGCAAAACCGAAAGCACCUCAGCAGCCGAAGAAGGGCUCCAUAAACAAAACUGAACAAAAAAGAUUGUUUGAGCACUCUGCUUAUCUCCAGUUAGGAGUGGAUCUCACCCAGCUAUCUACUUUAGAGAUGCUGAAGAAACGACAUGAGCAGGAGAAACAGGCCGUGGCACGCUUUUCAAACAUUCAUGGCAAUUCAUCCACAUCCCCAUUCAGCAGCCACUAAACUGUACAACUGAUAUGUAAAUAAGCAGUUUGGUUGAAUAAAUAUAGUCGAAACGAUAUCCAUAUUUUCUAUUAUGUCUGUGUAUAAUAUAUUAAUGUCUUGUUACGGUAUUGGAUGCGUUGUCUACAUUAUUGCAUUUUUGCUUUUACUCAUUUUAAUGAAACCCUAAAUAUAUUGUGUAUUGGAUUUGUAUAUUUUAUCAGCGUGGAUUAGCAAUAAUGACCCGGGAAAUAAACUGUAUGGUGAAAGAUUUGCAUGGUGUAAAACAUGCACCAUAGUUCACAAGAAUAUAGAAAUCAAAAUGUACAUAUGCAUUUAUAUAUAACAUAUAUUUAAUAAAAACGUGUAACAGGA